AUGCCCGCCCUCAUCUCUCAAGAUAUCCCUUUCGCAACUCGUGACGAUCCUGCUGGGGUCGAAAGCGAGGUGCCCGAAUAUGACGUGGUCAUCUGCGGUGGUGAGUUGGCCUAGAUGACCUCGCGGGCAACAGCAUGAUAGUGCUGACUUUUGUCCUUCUGCGCAUCUACUACCCGACAUCCGCAGCGGGUCCCGUCGGUCUGAUCACUGCGUCGCAGAUGCUGCGUAGUGGCCUCACAGUGAAGAUCGUCGACAAAGCUGCCGAUUCUCUGGAUGUUGGUCGCGCUGAUGCCGUGCAGCCUCGCGUAUUGGAGAUUAUGAAGCAGCUCGGCCUGCUCAACGAGCUGCUAGCCACAGGUCCGCUCAUCGAUCAUACCAUCUUGUACAAGGAUGGAAAGUGUCUCGUUUUCCGACCCAGUCACGCCAGCCCGUCCGAGUUCCAGUACUUGCAGGUCAUCACACAGCCCGAGGUGGAGCGGCUGCUCAUCCGCGACAUUGCCCGCUUCGGGUGCUACGUCGACCGCAGCACCACGCUCGACCGCUACGUACUCGAGGGCGAGAAGGACCACACGGGCAAGUCGACCAUUUCCCUUGACUGGACCAACAUCGAGACAGGAGCGUCUGGCUCGUGCCGAGCUCGCUACCUCAUAGGCUCUGAUGGCGCGCACUCUGCCAUCCGCAAGAGCCUUUCCAUUCCUUUCGACGGCGUCACCACCAAUCUCGUCUGGCAGAUUGUCGACGCAGAGUGGGACACCAACUUUCCCCAUGCAUGGGUCUUUGGCUGCGUGCUCAGCAGCGAGCACGGCGGCGUUCUGAUCAUUCCGCGGGAGAACAAUAUGAGUAGACUGUACGUCCGGGUACUCCCUGGCGCCGACGGCAAAGCACCCGAUCCCAACGUGGAGAACGUUGACACGGCGAUGAAGCGCAUCAACGAUGUCUUUGCCCCCUACUACGUCAAGCCAAAAGGUCCGAUCGAAUGGUACACCAUGUGGAAGAUCAACGAGCGCGUCGCCCGGUCCUUUCACGAUGGGCAAGACGGACGUGUGUUCUUGGCCGGCGACUCGGCCCACUGUCACAGUGCGGCGGGCGCAUAUGGUCUGAACACUGGAUGCAUGGACAGUCACAACUUGUCCUGGAAGGUGAUCCUCGAUGCCAAGGGCAUCUCCAAACCUGCCAUCAUCGACUCGUACAGCGUCGAGCGCCGAGCGACCGCCAAGCGCAUCGUGCAGGCUUCCAGCUGCUUCUUGCGCUUCCUGUGCGGUGCGCGCGGUGCCGACACUUUCGCCAAGGAUUUUGCCAUCGCGGCCGGGGAGGAUCCUGCUUCAAUCGAAGCUCCGCAAUUCAUCCCGCAAGAAGGUGACCAGAGCAUGGAUCCCGAUCAAGCUUUCUUUUCUUGGUAUGCUCGCACAUACACGGGCCUGCUCACGGGCACGGACAUUUUGUACAAGCCCAGUACGCUCAAUAAGCCGUGGCAAAGCUCCGGCAUGGUGUCCAAGUACCAAGCUCUAGAUGUCAAGAGGGCGGACGUGAAUCUGAGCAGGAAGAUUCAGAAGAUGAAGUUUGACGAGAUGCAAGGAUUUGCAUCGGGCGAAUCUGACGCAGCUCGCACGGAGCGGGCGGAGCAGGCAAUCGCGUCGCCUCAAGCCUCGCCCAUGAUUGGCUACCGUACGCCGAACCCGAGAUUAUUCAACCCUCGCACUGGCGCCGUACAGAGGCUGUACGACUCAUUUGCCCCUCUUCCCUGCUUCAACAUCGUCCUUCUGGGCGGCGAUAUGUCUGGAUCCCUGGGACCAUUGGUGUGCGAUGCGCUCGACGCAUUUGCCAAGCAAGGAUCUUUCCGUACACGCUUCGCAAAUGCACAAGCAGGCCAAGCGAGAUUGAUGAAGAUGCACCUCAUUCUCGAUGCUCACAAUGUGCGCGACCGUGCGCUGUUGGAUGCGCUUGCCCUCCGCUUCAAGCAAGCGCUCUCCCACAACGCUACCGGCACCCACCAGGAGACGUCCAGCAAAGACGACGCCCAUCCUUUGCACCACUAUCUCGAAAUUCACCUAGACGAUCAGCCAGAUGAAGGCAGAGCCAGCAGCUUGUUCGGGACUGCAGCCGAGAAGACGUCGGACGCACCGCGGGAGCGUGCCUUUAUCGUCCGUCCGGACCUGUGGCUAGGCACCAAAUCCACCUUGGAAGAGUUCCAGCACUCUGCCGAGUCUUACUUUGCCGACUUGCUCCACCCUCAAAUCUGA